AUGUCAGCAACCUCAACAUUGUCAAAUAUCAACACGUCCACUCGACAACCCCGCUCUCACACCAUCAAUCGCAAGACAGGCGAAACCCGUCAACCUGCUAACGACGGACUCGUGGGCCCAACUGUUACAUCCAAAAAGCCACAGAAGUCUUUGAUUGCUUUCCUCACCGUUCUUCCCUAUACCUUCACUGUCAUUGCUGAUGAGCGGCGUCUAGCCCAAAUAGUUAUAGGCUUUAGUAACCUUGUUCUUCGUCAUACCGCAACUUCGUCCCCCGCUCACCUCGAUAUCAAUCUGAAUACUGCAUCCCACGAUGACCACGGCACCACCAACAUGUCGGCACAUACAGAGCGACCUGCUGCUGACCUUUCCGAUAAUCCCACGCUCUCAGAUAUCAAGAUACGACUGAUUAGCGGCGGUGAAGUUGUCCGCGAGUAUCAUGCCCACAACAUUGCGCUGUGUCGCAGAACUGACACUCUGCAGGACGUCAAGGACCCUAUCAUGAACCUCCUCGACGACAAUCCGAAUCACUCCGAAGUUUUACUGAAAUACGUGUACAAUGGUGAUAAUUAUUACGAAGAUGUCAAACAAUUAUGCAACGGAGAUAGCACGAAGCAGGUCCUCACUGCCAUGGGAGUAUGGGCCCUGGCUGACAAGUACGGCCUGAAGUUCUUCUCUAAAGAGGUCGAAUGUCACAUCGAUGGCAUCCUCAGCGAAGCCAAUGAAGACUUCACGACGCUUGAAGCCGCCAUAAAUGAGUACUACAGCUGCAAGCCCGCCGUGGACUCCAAGUUGGGCAAGAUGAAGAAAAUGACUUGCGCCUACAGCAUAUUUGCUGCCGAUAUGAUGCUCGUUUGGGAGCGUAAGCAAAGACCUAGGACAACUGUGAUCAGGAUCGGUUGGUCCAUACAAGGUCUGACUGUACCCCUGGCAGAAUUCCCUGGUCUACCUCUUCAACACCACGCUUUCUCCGACGUAACCACCCUCCAGUUCGACACCGAUGAGGAGCUCCAUGAGUAUCGUGCUCACAAAGCCGUGCUUUGCAUGCAGUCCGACUUCUUCCGCCAUGAGCUCACUGGAGACUACGAGGACAGAGAUGACAUCAAACUGGUGCGCCAUGACAAGCUGCACUUCGAGCUGCUCCCCAAGUACACCUACACCAACCACUACGACAAAGCCGAGAUCGCAAGACUAGCCGUCAAAGAUAUGACGCAGCGUGUCCUGAUUCCGAUAGGCAUCGGUGUCGUAGCCGACAAGUACCCUGUUCCCACGAUCUACCAACGCGCUUCCUGCGACAUGCACACUGUAUUGUGGACCGGGGAUACGGGAAAUUUCAAGUUCCUCAGGGCCGCGAUUAUUGCGCACUAUGGCGAGAGCGUGGACAUGGAUACUCCCAUGGAGAAGCCGAUUACUUCGGUCAUCCUGGAGGGGCAGCGCAAGUUUACAGACAGCGCGACUUACGAGACUACACUGAAGACCUUCCCUACCUUUGCCAUAGGCAUGGCGUUGGCGCUGGAUCGAGACACCAUCAACGUCUAUUGCGGCUCUUGCUCUGUCGGUCUGACCGUUCGAACCGACGCUCGAGACAAGAUGAACAAAACAUGGUUCUGCUGCAACUUCUGCAAGAGCCCCUCCACUGUGGUUCAGACCAAGGCAUGA